UUUUCGCACCCCCCCCCGUGAGGGGUUUCUAGCUUUUGCGAGCCAGAGGAUCCAAGACUCCAUCCUUCCACCCCAAACAAGUGGGAGUUCCGCUCCACUCGAAGCGGACGGCGACGUGGAACGGGAGUUCCCCCAGCCCGACGGCGACGUGGGACAUCCUCAACACAUGUUUCGACGCUGGGACGGCCGCGAUCAGGCCGCGUCUGGCCUCCAACAGCCUGAUGAUCCUUAUCCGAAAAUUCUCCCUGUCCACCCCGUGGCAACUCCGGAUUUCAACCCACUUGACUAGACUCAGGACCGUCACAUCAUUAGAAUCCUUCUCCCUUGGAGUGUUGUCCGCACGCCACCGAUGGCGGAAUCGGAUGAGGCGCCGGAGGCCGCGGGCGCGGUGCCGGCGGUUGCGGCGUUGCGGUGGCUGCGGCAGCAGUGGCGACCGAAGCUGCAACUGUCGCCUGAGAGCCGUGAGCUGCUGGUGUCCCGAGCGGCGGAGCUGGAGAAGCAGGCGCUGGCCCAGGAGGCGCGCGAGCUGCAGGAACUGCAGCAGCGCUUGGAAAGCGGUUUCCAGGAGCUGAAUGGCCAGCGGCGGAGCGCCGAUGGCUUGGAGCGCAGCUUGGAGCGACAACGGCAGAGCUUAGAGGCCAUCCGUGGCGAGAACGCCAGGCUGCAGGCCCAAGUCUCAGACGUGAGGCAACGCUGCCAGGAACAAGUGGCCAAGAACGCCUCUUUAAGCGGAGACCUUGCAGCCAAGCUCCAGGCUCGGGCCGAGGCGCAUACUCAGGUAGCGCUGCUCCGCGCAGCGCUGGCACCGGCAGGCUCCGACGCAGCAGCCUCCUUGGAGGAGGAGAUCAAAAUCUGCCGAGCACAGAUUCGCCAGGUCUUGGAGCAAAACGAAGCGCUGGAACGGCGCAUCGCAGGAACGAGCAUGUGAAGCGAAAAAGAGAAUAAAGCGGAGUGGCGAGAUCGGAGAAAGGAUCUGAAUCAGGCCGUUGUCCCCAA